GACUCCGAAUUUCCAACCUAAAUCAAUCCAAAUCAUAGUAAUUGUCGGUAAUUAUGUACGUCUCCAUCUUGUCAUUUAUUAAGAGCAAAAAAAGAAAAGAAAAAUAAGUAAAUAGAUAAAUGCUACUGUCUACUAAGAGCGCUUUCUCACUCGGAGCACAAAGCGAAUCCGAGCAGAUCUAGAUCCCAAAUCCAGUUCUUGCGCUCCCCUCUUUAGAUUUUCUAUUUCAGCAGGUUAUUACAUCUUCAAAUGACGUCGAGGAGACCCAAUACUUCCCGUCGCUUUACAGACAGCGGGGUUCCCUUUAUGGGUGCAUUGCAUCACAAGUCUCGUCAAUCUCCUCUAUUAUCUAUAGGACUCGUUGUGGUGGGAGCACUGCUCAUUGUUGGGUAUAUGUAUCAUGGUUCAGGUGGCAGGAGUAGUGAUAUUGCUGCUUUGAAUCGACUCGAGGGUGGGGUUUCCUGUACUCUAGAACUUCAAAGAUUGAUACCUAUCCUUAAGAAAGCGUAUGGUGACAGCAUGCGGAAGGUGCUGCAUGUAGGUCCUGAAACCUGCUCAGUAGUCUCUCAAAUAUUAAAAGAAGAUGAUACUGAAGCUUGGGGUGUAGAGCCCUAUGAAUUAGAUGAUGCUGAUGCCAACUGCAAGAGUCUUGUGAGCAAGGGCGUUGUACGUGUGGCUGAUAUUAAGUUUCCCCUUCCAUACAAGCCCAAGUCAUUUUCUCUUGUCAUUGUGUCAGAUGCAUUCGAUUACUUGUCACCAAAAUAUCUUAAUAAGACUGUUCCGGAUUUAGCGCGGGUGGCAUCUGAUGGAUUAGUUAUAUUAUCUGGUUAUCCAGGUCAUCAAAGAGCUAAAGUGGCAGAGCUGUCCAAGUUCGGACGCCCUGCCAAAUUCCGGAGCUCAUCAUGGUGGAUUAGGUUUUUCAUCCAAACCAGCUUAGAAGAGAAUGAAGCUGCAAACAAGAAAUUCGAACAGGCAAUGGCUAAGCAAUCUUACAAGCCUGCCUGCCAAGUUUUCCACCUUAAACCAUUGCACUGAUGGAACCAUCUACCAUGCCUGCUUCUUAGAUCUUACACUGUUAAGUUAUCCUUGCCAGAAUGUGUGUUAUUUUCUAGUAUACGUACACCAGACAUUCAUCUAUUGUUGAAUUUAAAAUUUUGUUUCUCUCUAUUAAUACCAUUACCAUACAAAAUUGUACCCUCUUCUCUAGGUGGACUUGGAACUCAAAUGUACUUUCUCUUGUUCACUUAAGAAAGAAUUUAAUUAGUGUUCUCGAA